AUGUCAUCCAACAAUAACACAAGCCUUUCAUUAGCAAUUAUUCAACUUCAAACGGGUUUUCGAUAUUCAAGCCUUAUUUUAGGGUUUAUCCUAUUGAUUGGUGGUGUAUUAGGAAAUAUUCUUAAUAUUAUCGUUUUCAUUAAAACUGGAAAUUACAAGAACAAUGCAUGUUCACUUUACAUGUUUGUUCGUACUUUUCUUGAUCUCUACGUUCUUCUUGCUGGUCUAACCACUAAAAUUCUUAGUGCAGGUUUCCAAAUAGAUUUUACUUUGAUAAAUCGAAUCUGGUGUAAAACUCGCUUCGGUAUUGCCGAGAUUAAUAGUGAGAGUACAUAUACUUUGACUUGCUUACAAGCUAUCGACGCUUUCAUUUGUUCUUCUCCAUCAGUUGGUGUACGACAAAAGAGUAAUAUUCGAAUAGCACGAUAUUUAAUAGUUGGUACUGUUUGUUUUUGGUCUAUUCAUGAGAUACCAUACUUCAUUUUUCAAGAUCUUGUUAUCGUAGAUGGUAUCCCCAUGUGUAUCACAACAAAUACAAUUUAUGCUCAGUAUCGUACCUAUGUUUUCGCUCUUGGUAUUAUUAGUAUCACUCCAAUCAUAGUGAUCUCUAUUUUUGGUUUUCUCACUGUUCGACAUAUGAAAACUAUCGCUGUAACGAGAACACUUUCUUCUCUUACAAGACAAACAAUCAGCAUGGCAUUAUUUCAAAUAGUUGCUGUAUUAGUUUUUAAUAGCCCAUAUGCAGCUUCGUUAAUUUACUCACUAAUUACAGCAGAUGUAGUUAAAGAUAGCUAUAGACGAGCAGUGGAACAGCCAAUUCUUUCAUUUAUUGGUACUUAUUCUUAUGGCCCAUUUGCAAGUUCAUUCUAUUGUUAUUGUUUAUCAAAAAGAUUUCGAAAUCAGUUGGUCGUCUCUCUCAAAGAGGUAUUUCGUGGUAUACAUAUGAAUCAAGUAUUUCCAAAUAUUCAAAGAAUUCGUGCUCAUACUGAACUACAAACACAACUUGACAAUUAA